AUGGCGCGGGAAGAGCCCCUCCUGGCCCAACGCCCGUCUUCCGACCGCUCGUCGAUCCGAAAUGAGGAGGAAGAGGAAGCCCUCCUGACCGGACAGCACACCACUCGCCAUAACGAACGACGGAGCUGGGCAUCAUGGCGCGAGAUUGGAAUGUUCGCGUGGGCUUUUAUUGCCACUAUUCUCGUUAUUGUUCUGGCGACCAUAUAUCAGCACAAGGCGAUCGAGACUCCUCAUCACGAGCAGUCGAAGAACACAACCUGGGGACCUGGAGGAAAGCCAACGGGUAAGCGCAAUGUCAUCUUCAUGGUUUCUGAUGGCAUGGGUCCUGCAAGUCUAUCUUUAACUCGUGGUUUCCGGCAAUAUCGCGAUGGUCUGCCCGUUGACGACACUCUACUCUUGGACAAGCACCAUAUUGGAACAUCACGAACACGGUCAACCUCUAGUCUCGUCACCGACUCGGCUGCUGGAGCUACUGCAUUCUCGUGUGGACUCAAGAGUUACAACGGUGCCAUUUCAGUACUUCCUGAUCACUCGCCGUGUGGAACCGUGCUUGAGGCUGCUGCGCUGGCAGGCUACAAGACGGGCCUGGUGGUGACGACCCGUCUUACUGAUGCAACACCAGCAUGCUUUGCUGCUCAUGCUAAUCUGCGCCAGUAUGAAGAUCUCAUUGCCGCCCAAGAGGUCGGAGACCAUCCUCUUGGCCGGGUAGUGGAUCUCAUGCUUGGUGGUGGACGUUGCCACUUCCUGCCCAAGUCUGCUGAAGGAAGCUGCCGGGCUGAUGACCGCGAUCUGAUCGAUUUUGCUUCGGGUAAUGGCUUCACCACGAUUCAGAACCGCUCCGCCUUUGAUAGCCUCAAUGGUGGCGAGGAUGUCAGCCUGCCGUUACUAGGUCUCUUCGCCCACGGAGAUAUUCCUUUCGAAAUUGACCGACGUAAUCAGAAUGAAAAGUACCCCUCCUUGGAGGAAAUGGCUCGCACCGCCUUGAGGGCAUUGAGCAAGGCCACUGAGAAUAGCGAUCAAGGUUUCUUUAUCAUGAUUGAGGGCUCUCGCAUCGACCAUGCCGGCCACAACAAUGACCCUGCAGCCCAGGUGCAUGAGGUCUUGGCCUACGACAAGGCUUUUGCUGCUGUACUUGACUUUGUGGAGAAUGAGUCUACUCCUACGGUGGUCGUUAGCACAUCGGACCACGAAACUGGCGGACUUUCUGUGGCACGACAGCUGCACGAGUCCUAUCCCGAUUACGAGUGGCUCCCAGAGGUUUUGGAUAAAGCAAGCCACUCGGGUGAGUACGUUCACGCUCAGCUGAGGGACUAUCUUGCUGGUGCAGGCAGUGAUGCCAGUGCAUCGGACAAGAAGUCUUGGGUCCGUAAGCACCUAAUCAAAGACGGGCUUGGCAUCACCGAUGCCACCGACGAUGAGGUGGACGCUUUGCUCCAUCCAAGGCCUCAAGUCAGCCCCCAGAAUCUGUUUACGGAUAUGGUCAGUCGUCGUGCUCAGAUCGGCUGGAGCACUCACGGUCAUUCCGCUGUCGACGUCAACAUUUAUGCCUCAUCGUCCAAGGACGCCUGGCCCUUGGUUGGCAACAACGAGAACACUGACGUUGGCUCCUUCCUCGCUGCUUACCUCGACCUCGACGUUGGCAAGGUCACAGAAAAACUACAGGCUACCAAAUCCGGCAUCUUGAACCCAUAUGACUGGAUGGGUGACACCUUGGGCAUGGGUGUUCGCACCGAUGAACUAGACUCCUACCAUGGGCAAUUCAAGAAGCGAUCUGAGGAUGACUGUGGAUGUGGCGGCUCCCACUGA